AGAUCGGCAGCCAGCGGGGCCUGGGUCCGAACCCGUGCGGCGACUCCGUGUCCGGUCCGGGCGGCCGAGGCGCGCGGGGAUGGAGCACACUGCGGAGCCCAAGCCGCGGACGCUGGCGGAGCUGGUCCGCGCCUUGCACCGGCUCUUCGCGGGCGACGAGGUCAACGUCGAGGAGGUCCAGGCGGUGCUGGAGGCCUACGACAGCGACCCCGCCGAGUGGGCGCCCUACGCCGCCUUCGACCAGUACAGGUAUACCCGAAAUCUUGUGGAUCAAGGAAAUGGGAAAUUUAAUCUGAUGAUUCUAUGUUGGGGUGAAGGACACGGAAGCAGUAUCCAUGACCACACAGACUCCCACUGCUUCCUGAAGAUGCUGCAGGGAAAUCUCAAGGAGACACUGUUUGCCUGGCCUGACAAGAAGUCCAAUGAGAUGACCAAGAAGUCUGAGAGAACGCUGAGGGAAAACCAAUGUGCCUACAUCAAUGAUUCUAUCGGCCUGCACCGGGUAGAGAACGUCAGCCACACAGAACCGGCCGUGAGUCUCCACCUGUACAGCCCUCCCUUCGACACCUGCCAUGCCUUCGACCAAAGAACAGGACAUAAAAACAAAGUCACCAUGACAUUCCACAGCAAAUUUGGAGUCAGGACUCCCUUUCCAACUUCAGGUUCCCUGGAGAACAACUGAAAGGCAUCAAAGUCUGCGAGCUUCUGCAUUCAGGCUUGCAAAAUGUUUGCUGGGACAGGAAGACCUCCAGCCAUUGGCUGCCCAUUAGUCAAUACAUGUAAAUAAGCCAAUACUUAGAUCCAGUAGGAGGCAGAUGCUAAUGGAAGGUACUAAGUGAGUAAAUGGUACCCCAUUACACAAAGGACAAAAGUGUUGGAUUUUAAAGCAUCCCCGCCACCCUACCACCACACACACAAUGUCUCCUGGUUCUGUCCUAAGAAUUCUUAUAUUGGGGAUUUCAAUAAACUGUAAUUAGCAAUAAGGAAAAACAAAAACCCAAUGACAUCAAAUGCCUGUUUUGAUACUUGGAGAACUAAAUGUCUUUAUAAUAUACUUUGUAUGUUCUUAGUAUUUGAAGAGGAUUUUUUUUGCAUCUGUGCAUUUUUUAAUGUUUUUUUCAACCUAAUCUUACAAGUUCCUCCAUUAUAUUGAAUAGAGAAACUUAAGGUAAUUCACUAUUUGGUCAUGAAAGGCAGAGGACUGAGAAAUGGACAUGGAACCAAAUCUCCUGCAAACCAAAAUGUAAACUCACAUCUAACAUUUUCCACCAUCACGGUCAACAACUGUUUACUACUGCCAAAAUUGCCAAAUACAUGAUUUUAAUAAACCUGGAUUUGAACACAA